AGUUUGGAAUCAACCGCCCCCAAUGAAGUCUCGGUGUUAGUUUUUUCCCCGAAAAUUUUGCAAGUUGAAUAAAGUUUCGUCCCUUGUGCUGUACGUCUUCUAGCAGUGUCAAAAAUGAUGGAUGGUACAACCGAAGGACCUCCUCAAGAUGCCACACGUAGACUUCAACCCAAAAAACAGACUUUAGAUGAUGCUUAUGCAGCGCCUGCUAAUUUCCUUGAAAUUGACGUACUCAAUCCAAUUACUCAUGGGGUAGCCCGAAAACGUUAUACUGACUAUGAAGUACGCCUAAGGACAAACUUGCCAGUGUUUAAGUUAAAGGAUUCAAGUGUUCGGAGAAGAUAUAGUGAUUUUGAAUGGUUAAGAAAUGAAUUGGAAAGAGACAGCAAAAUUGUUGUACCUCCAUUGCCUGGAAAAGCUUGGAAGCGACAACUUCCAUUGAGAGGAGAUGAUGGCAUUUUUGAUGAAGAGUUUAUUGAAGAUAGAAGAAAGGGGUUAGAAAGUUUCAUAAAUAAGGUUGCCGGUCAUCCUUUGGCUCAAAAUGAACGAUGCCUUCACAUGUUCCUCCAAGACCCAACAAUCGAUAGAAAUUAUGUUCCUGGUAAAAUAAGGAACACGUGAAAAUCAUAAGCAAAAACAGCACUAGAGUUCAACUUUGUGAAGUCCUUGAUUCAAGAUGUUGUACAUUCAUUUUUGAGGGGGGCAUUGUUUGUUCUUUAUCUUCUUUCUCUGAUCUAUUUAUAAUUGAAACUUGAUGAAGUUUUGCAAGCUUUAUUUUUUUGGCUUUAAAUUGGCUUGAAAAUGUUAUUGUUAAUAUUUUUAUCAGGUAAAAAAUAUAAAUAGAUUAUUUAUGUAUGAAUUUAAAUCAAAUAUAGGAAAAAUUUAUAUGUAUUUAAAGAAAUUGGAAAGUAAGAUAUAUCUCAUCACACAUUCCAGUAUGCCUUGUGAAAUUUAUGAAAAAUGAUUCUUGUUUUUUGAUUGCAUGGUUAUGAAUAUAAAUUGAUUGUUAAACCAGCAUGAUUGUUGUUUAAUGAAAUAUUUCAAAAAUUUCUAUAUAUUUGCUAUUUGUUUUAUCACUCAAUUUUUUUUACUAAAGAACAGUUUUUUUCUGACUGUUUGUGUAAAAGAACAUUGUACAUUUUUCUUAGCUGCAAUGAAGUUGUAAACUAUAUAUAGGUAAUAAAUUACAUUUUAAAUCUUC